UUAUUUAUUUAUUUCUAUUUGUACUUGUUUAGUCAUUUAGACCUGCAGCAGGUGAGAAAUAAAGGACUCUGCAUUUAAACAUUUUGCAUAUUCUUGAAAUAGUUAAAACAGAAGGCUAUUCUAUUUAAUAUCUAAUAUGAAUUUAAACCGCUCCAGUUGAAGUGACCUGACAUCACUGAAUGAGCCAUUCUCUCACUGCUUCCCGUUUCUCUUGGUUUGCCUCUCUUUCUCUCUGUCUGGAUCUGUCCCGUUCCACUCAGGACCAGUUCCUGCGGGCGGCGCCGGUCUCGGGCGGGAUGGGGGAGUUACUGAUGAGGAAGAUGGGAUGGAGGUCAGGGGAGGGUUUGGGGAAGCACAGGGAAGGAACGGUGGAGCCCAUCAUCAUCGACUUCAAAACCGACCGCAAGGGCCUUGUAGCAGAAGGAGAAAAAACCCAGAAAUCUGGCAACAUUGUCGUGAUGAAGGAUCUUCUAGGUGAGUGUUUGAUCACAAGACACGUGUGUGUUUCUGGAUGAACAAUGUUUGUUACUAGAUGAUCCAAAUCUGCUGUUUUGGGACCUUUAGCUUAAA